UUGUCAAGGUUUUGGUUGUGGAGUAUCCGAGAGAGGAGCAAGGGCGGCUACGGUUGUACAAUGCCGAAUAAAACGAAAAAAGACAAGGAGUCCCCUAAGUCUGGCAAAGUGAGCAAGAGUGGAGGACAGGAGAAUUCAGAACAUGAGCAGAGCUCGAACAGGAAGGCUAGCAAUAGCGUUCCUCCCACCACUCAGCUGCUAAAGGGGAAACAGCCAGGUUCCCAGACACCUGUCAAAAAGGACAAGAGGCAGAGCUCCUCUCGCUUCAGCUUGAGCAACAACAGAGAGCUGCAGAAACUUCCUGCUUUCAAAGAUGUUCCCCCUGCAGAGCAGGAGAAGCUGUUCAUCCAGAAGUUGCGGCAGUGCUGCGUCCUCUUCGAUUUUGUCUCAGACCCACUGAGUGACCUGAAAUGGAAGGAGGUGAAGCGGGCGGCGCUGAGCGAGAUGGUGGAGUACAUCACCCACAACAGGAAUGUAAUCACCGAACCCAUCUACCCAGAGGUGGUUCACAUGUUUGCUGUGAAUAUGUUUAGAACGUUGCCGCCAUCAUCCAACCCCACGGGUGCUGAGUUUGACCCAGAGGAAGAUGAGCCCACGCUAGAGGCUGCAUGGCCUCAUCUACAGCUCGUCUAUGAAUUCUUUCUACGGUUCUUAGAGUCACCCGACUUUCAACCAAACAUAGCCAAAAAGUAUAUUGACCAGCGGUUUGUAAUGCAGCUCUUGGAAUUGUUUGACAGCGAAGACCCCAGGGAAAGAGAUUUUUUAAAGACCACUCUGCAUCGCAUCUACGGCAAGUUCCUGGGCCUGCGAGCAUACAUUAGGAAACAGAUUAAUAACAUAUUUUAUAGGUUCAUUUAUGAGACUGAACAUCAUAAUGGAAUAGCAGAAUUACUGGAAAUAUUAGGCAGCAUAAUCAAUGGCUUUGCAUUACCAUUGAAAGAAGAGCACAAGAUAUUCCUGCUGAAAGUUCUGCUGCCUUUACACAAAGUCAAGUCACUUAGUGUAUAUCACCCACAGCUGGCCUACUGUGUGGUACAGUUCUUAGAGAAGGAUAGCACGCUCACAGAACCGACAGUGAUGGCUUUGUUAAAGUACUGGCCAAAGACUCACAGUCCAAAAGAGGUGAUGUUCCUUAAUGAGCUGGAGGAGAUCCUGGACGUCAUUGAGCCUUCAGAGUUUGUCAAAGUCAUGGAGCCCCUCUUCAGACAGCUGGCCAAGUGUGUGUCCAGCCCGCACUUUCAGGUGGCGGAGCGAGCUCUGUACUACUGGAACAAUGAAUACAUCAUGAGCCUGAUCAGUGACAACGCCGCCAAGAUCCUGCCAAUCAUGUUCCCAGCCCUUUACCGCAACUCCAAGACCCACUGGAACAAGACCAUCCACGGGUUGAUCUACAAUGCCCUGAAACUCUUCAUGGAGAUGAACCAGAAGCUGUUUGAUGACUGCACCCAACAGUUCAGAGCAGAGAAAAGCAAAGAGAAAGCCAAGUGGAAAGAGAGAGAAGAGGCGUGGUUGAAGAUUGAGAAUCUAGCAAAGUCAAACCCACAGUUUCUGAUAUACGUCGACUCAGUAGGCUCAGGCAGUCCGAUGGACAUGGACACAGACGGGCCCCUGCUAGAUGAUGUCAACAUGCUAAAGAAAACCGUAGAGGAGGAGGCGACACAGAUCCAAAAAGAGCAGCGAAGAGAGCGCCCACUGAUGCGAAGGAAAUCCGAGCUCCCCAAGGACAUCUCCACUGUCACAGCCUUGGAGUUGCACCGGAGAGCCGAGGAAAUGCUGACGACGCACGAUGGGCACUAAGAGACCACCCCAGAUCCACCAUAAACCAGCAACGGAAGCAUCCACAGAGGAACCACAGGCCUGCAGAGGGGCCCGCACAACAACAGAACUCUGGUAUCUCAGUCCAGUCCCAGCACAACACAGAACUGAACAGUCCCAGCUCCACCUGACACAGAAAAUGUCUAAAGCCGCACACCUAAGGCCGGUUCAGCUUUUCGGACAAGCGGUGCUCAGUCUUUACUGAUCCCCCCUUCUCCCGUCUUUCAACCCACCUGGUUGUUGUCCAGCAGAGACAUCUGUGGCGCUGGACGGUCCUGCAUGACCACAAUACGCACCGUGAACUUCACCCAAGAUACUGUAGUGUUGUUAUCUCUUCUCCUCCCUGGUUUUUCUCUUUUCCUGUCCUCUCAAUCUGUUGUGUUUUCGGGAUGCUGUGCUGCCCCCUUCUGGUCAUUUCUCUCAGGUGUUCUGUUCUGUGUGUCUGAGUGUGUGUAUGUGUGUGUUUAUGUGUGUGAGAGCUGUCUUCUCUUCUUGCCUCUUCUUUAUAGAUGUCAGGUGCUCGUACAAAUAAUAUGAGCCCCUCCGCAGAGGACGUCUUUGGUUUAAUUUAAAAAACAAAAAACAAACAAAAAAAAAAAACAUCAGUUGAUGAGAAAAUGUCAGUUGUUUCUAUAUAUUUAAUAUUAGCUAUUUUUCUCAUAACAUUUAAACUAGACAGCUGUUUAUAUUUUUUCCUACAUAGUAUAUUAGGAGCUCUUCUCAGAGUAAAACACACUUCCUGUCUGUAUAACUGUUCUGUUUGGAGCUUGCUAUUUCUCAGUUCAUUUUCCAUUUGCUGUGAAGUUUCAUUGAUCAUUCUGUUAAUCAGGACAGGGUCACCAGGGACUCGCCAGUACAGUGCGUCUGGAUCAAAAACGUUACAACACAGCUGUGUUCAUCAAACAGUGCUGGCCUGACGAAUUUCCAGGUUCCAGGUUUUUUGUCUACCAGAUCUUUGUUCCUGUGUGGAAGCCUUGUCUGGUGCCAACAUCUCUCACUGAUUUAGUUCCUUUCUUCAAAAUAAUCCUUUUAAUUGUGUAGGCAAUAAGUUAGCACGGGUUGCGGCGUGUGUCUGUGGCUCAGACAGUGGUCAGUUUGUUAUGACAUGUUUAGAUCCGUUUGAUUGGUCCUUGGGAUGGGUCCAGCUCAAGCCCAGUUUGCUGCACCAGUUAUAUGAGAGGGGAUUGUGGGAUUUAUUUUUGGUUCCCCGUUCAUAUCCAGCCAUUGUAGGAGUGUGUUUAACAUGGUCAUUAGCUUUCAGUACAAGUCAGUGUCAUUCAUGCGAGGCUUAGGAGAGGUCAGAGAGAUGUAGUGGCUCGUCUGGGAUUUACACAAAUGUUGCUGUGUGUUGAGAGAAGUCAAACGGGGGCAGAUACUGUGCUGAUAGUGCUGAUAGUUUUCUACUCCUUUCAAGCAAGACCCUUUUAUUUAUGAAACACUUGUUAGAGAUUCGACUGCGUCAUAGAUGAGGUAUGUUUGGUUUGAAGAGGUCAAACGUAAGCCUUUCUUUUCACAGUGCCUUUUAUAGUCUAAGGGGAUAUUUGCUCAACUGAGAAUGGAGUAGUAGCGUCAACAAAAACACCAGGUCAUUAAAAAAAAUUCGACAUCGGUUUCCAAAAAAAGAUGCGUUCAAGUCUGUACUCAGCACACCUCGGGCCCCUUGGACUCCAGCACAUGCCUUGUCGAAGCUACAAAGUCCAUUUUGUAGCUAAAAGCUCGAGAGGAGAAGCAGAGUGGUCACCCCAAACCACUUCAGCAAUGAAGCACUUCCUGAUAAAACUUGAAAGAAAAUAGAAACACAACUGAAAAAUAAAAAAAAAACAAACUAGUAAAGAAUUGAAAUCUGUGAUGCUGUCUGUCUUGGUGUGUGGGGUCACCUCCCCUGGGUGCCUGUUGAUAAGAGCUAGCCUCCACAGGAGAGGAAAUCACCUCCCAUUGCUACUGUUCCAUUCUGUUCCCCCGCUGUCCCAUUCCAUUUUUGAUUUGUACCAUUGUUUGAACCCCCCACCCCCCUUCCCUCCCUCCCAGUUGAAAGCCUACUACUACCCCGUUAUUUGGACAUCUGUUUGAUCUGCUUCUGGAUGCUUGCAAGAUCUUUUUUGUUGUGGUUUUAUUCUUCCUUUGCCUGCAGAACCUCUUGUCAGUGUUUCAACUGAAUGUGCAAAUUGUAAAUAAUACUGCAGUCACGUUGUUUCAUUCUCUCCAUGUUUGUCUUGAAGAACAACAUUCACCAAAGACCUUUACAAAAAAAACAAAAAAAAAAAAACAACCCUCACCCCCACCUCUGCCCUGGGUAUUACAGUGGAUCUGAUGAAAGGAAA